CAUAACUGGACUACACGGAGUACGACGCUGAAACAACCUCCUUACCAAUUUUUUUCCCAUUUGCUCCUUUUUCUUUUAAUUUCCCUGCGUGCGUAAAGUGUAUGACUACUUCAGCCAUGAGCCCGUGACGUCGGGAGUCGCGUCCUGCUGCUCCAAGAGGUCCCAGCACUUUAAAGUCCUUGAAUAUUUGUACUGUGAAUAUGUCUUUCUGUCUCCCUCCCUUCAUCUGAACCUUGCUCCGCUGCCAGCAUGGCCGCAGCAACCUGAGGAGAGGAGAUGGAUUUAGAGGUGAAGGAUGCGAACGCGUCGAACUGUUUGUCCCGGAAUGAGAGCGACCACCGUGGACUGAGCGCCUCACCCCCAAGUGGAGUGUCCACUGCGCUGGCCAGCGUGCUGAUCUUCACCAUCGUGGUGGACAUCCUGGGGAACGUCCUCGUCAUCUUAUCCGUGUACAGAAACAAGAAGCUCCGGAAUGCAGGCAACAUCUUCGUGGUAAGUUUGUCUGUAGCAGACCUGGUGGUGGCGUUAUACCCCUACCCGCUGGUCUUGACAGCCAUCUUCCACAAUGACUGGACCAUGGGUGACCUGCACUGCCAGGCCAGCGGCUUCAUCAUGGGCAUCAGUGUCAUCGGCUCCAUCUUCAACAUCACGGCCAUCGCCAUCAACCGCUACUGCUACAUCUGCCACAGCCUCCACUAUGACCGCGUGUGCAGCCUGAGGAACACUUGCUGCUUCCUGGGCCUCACGUGGCUGCUCACUGCCCUCGCCACUGUGCCCAACUUCUUCGUCGGCUCGCUGCAGUACGAUUCCCGCAUCUACUCCUGCACCUUCGCCCAGACGGUCAGCUCAUACUACACCAUCUCUGUGGUGAUUAUUCACUUUCUGAUCCCGCUGCUGGUGGUGUCUUACUGCUACAUGAGGAUAUGGGUGCUGGUGAUCCAAGUGAAACACAGAGUCAAACCGGAGCAAAGGACCAAACUGAAACCAAGUGACGUGAGGAACUUCCUGACUAUGUUCAUGGUGUUUGUGCUGUUCGCUGUGUGCUGGGCACCACUGAACCUCAUAGGACUGGCUGUAGCCAUAAAUCCUGCCAAAGUGGCACCCCACAUUCCUGAGUGGCUAUUUAUCACAAGCUAUUUCAUGGCAUAUUUCAACAGCUGCCUCAACGCCAUAAUAUAUGGACUGCUAAACCAAAACUUCCGCAAAGAGUACAAGACGAUCCUGCUUGGUCUUUGCUUCCCGCGUUUGCUCCUCAUGGAGACGUCCAGGUGUGCUACAGAGGGCCUGAAGACGAAGCCCUCCCCGGCUGUAACCAACAAUAAUGUAGCAGAGAUGAAUGUAUAAAUAACUGUUUCGUGUGUCUGGAGCCUCAUUGUGGAAGUCUGCAAUGGUUCACCAAGUGCCUUUUCAUACGGUGUUUAUCAUUGAAGGAGAGGACACUGUUUCAUCAUGUUUCUGUCAGUCAUAAAACAACCUUCAGUUUCCAUCACCGGUGCAAACUACUCCUUUGUGAUACCAGCCCUGCUCUAUUUUGAUAUGAGUCCACACAAUUCUUCACAAUCCUCACGUUUACAUGCACAGUUUAAUCGAGCUGCGGCCGUAGCUCGACUGAGUCAGGCAAUCAGACAACUUGAUGCGUCCGAGUAUACGUGCGGUGGAAAAAAAACAAUUUAUUGGCCGCGUAUGUCUGACUCCGCCUCCGUAAG